AAAGAUAGGGUUUUUCUUCUUUCAUCCCGCAAGAACAACUUCGUCAGAGCAGCGGCCGCCGCCAUGGUUCUCAAGACUGAACUAUGCCGCUUCAGUGGGGCCAAGAUAUACCCUGGUAAGGGUAUCAGAUUUGUUCGCUCAGAUUCUCAGGUCUUCCUCUUUGCCAACUCCAAAUGCAAGAGGUACUUCCACAACCGUCUCAAGCCAUCGAAACUUACCUGGACAGCAAUGUACAGAAAGCAGCAUAAGAAGGACAUUGCUGCAGAGGCAGUUAAGAAGAGGCGUCGCACCACAAAAAAGCCCUACUCGAGGUCCAUUGUUGGUGCCACACUAGAGGUAAUUCAGAAGAGAAGAACUGAGAAACCUGAAGUGCGAGAUGCUGCACGGGAAGCUGCUCUACGUGAAAUUAAAGAGAGGAUCAAGAAAACUAAGGAUGAAAAGAAGGCUAAAAAGGCUGAGCUAAUGUCCAAGCAACAAAAGACUCAAAGUAAAGGUAGUUUGCCCAAGGGUGCUGCACCAAAAGGCCCCAAGCUUGGUGGUGGUGGUGGAAAGCGCUGAAACUUUUACUCCUGGUGUAAUAGAAGUUCUCAGCAAUUUUGUAUUGUUUAAUAUUGAAAUUUUCUGCCCUGGAUUUUUUAUUAGCUUGCACUGAGCAAAUUUAUUGGUUCAUGAUUUAUGGUUGUGGUUGCAAAUGGAGAAAUGAAAGGGAGUGUAGAUCCUUUUGGAUCUUUCAUAUUUUC